AUGAACAAAGAGAAACUCAUCUACUCAGACAACUCAUCUACUCAGGUGACCUACAAACCGGGCUUGGACCCCAAAAAGACUUAUGAAUACAAGUAUACGGGUGUCGUCACUGUUGGACGUGACAUGCCAGAUCUUGCAGAGUCUGGACUGAGGCUUACAUGCUCUGCUAAAAUCAUUGGUGUGUCAGCUCAAAACUUCCUCCUCCAGGUUUCCAAUUUGACCUUUGAAGAGUUUAAUGGCCUUCCUGGGAAGGUUGGGUUCAAUCCCUCACCGAAACUGAGUGAAAGGAUUGCCGAACAGCUCACCAAGCCGGUCAUGUUUGAAUAUGUGAGAGGACGCAUCGGGGACAUACGUGCAGCAGCUGAAGUCUCAAACACUGUGGUCAACAUCAUGAGAGGGAUUCUUGGGUUUCUGCAAAUAACAAUCAAAGCUACACAAAAGACUUUUGAACUUCAUGAGCUAGGAAUACAUGGUAUUUUCCAUUGCAACUACUUAAUUGAAGAAGUCCAAACCUCAAAAGAAUUCUACGUUACUCAAAUCGUGGAUGUAAAUAACUGCCAGGAGAGGGCAGCAAUGUACAGUGGAAUGACCCUCGCACUCCAAAAUAAAAACUGCAAAGAGAGAGGUGACAAUCUCAAAACAGCUAUGAAGUACACAUACACACUGAGGCCAACAGUUAAUGGUGCCCUGAUCACAAAAGGUCAUGCCCAAGAAUGGCAGUUCAUCGCUCCCUUUAAUGUAAACGGAGGAACUUCCAAACUAAAAGCAAUCAAAGACAUUGUGCUGGUCAGUGUAGCAGACACAGUGGGAAACCCAGUGAUGGGUCCCUUGGAGAACAGUGGAAAUCUGAUGUACAAAUUUGGAAAUGAACUCAACCAGCUUCCAUUGUUCUUAAAAAAGAUAGAUGAUCCGCUGCCUAAAAUUUCAGAACUCAUUCAGCGUUUGGCGCAAGCUAACAUAAAUCAGGUUGACAGUGCCAGUAGUAUGGAUAUCCUUCAACUGUAUCAACUUCUGCGUGUGGCAACUCUAGACAACUUGGAAGCUCUAUGGAAGCAGUUUUCUGUGAAUGCAGAGUACAGGAGGUGGCUAUUGGACUCUGUUGUUGAAGUUACAGAUGCCAGAGUCAUUCAGUUCCUAAAAAACAGAUUUCAAAAAGCAGAGCUUACAGCAAACGAAGCAGGCCAGACAUUACUUGUGGCAUUUCAUCAUUUAAUAUAUAUAGACCUGGCCAAGGAAUUUCUGACAUUGCCUUUUAGUCAGACAGCUGAUGUGCUAUGGAAAACUAUAGUGCUAGCAUAUGGUUCCCUGGUCUACAGGUACUGUGGUAACAUUGAACCAUGUCCAGUGGCUGCAGUACAGCCUCUGCUUGAUCUUGCAAUUGAUGGCCUCAAUAAAGGCAGUGAAGAGGAGAUGGUCUUGGGCCUGAAGGCCCUGGGGAAUGCGGGUCAUCCCUCCAGCAUAAAAACCAUCAUGCACUUUCUCCCUGGCUCCUCCCCAAUAGGGGCUGUCCUUCCCACCCAUGUACUGAACGCAGCUGUGCAGUCUCUCAGGCUUAUCGCCGUCAAAGAGCCCCAUAGUGUCCAGGACAUUGCUUUGAGUGUUUUUGUACAGAGGGACCUUCCUCCUGAAGUGAGAAUGCUGGCUUGUAUAAUUCUGUUUGAGACCAAGCCCCCAUUCGGUCUCGUAUCAACUGUCACAGCAUUCCUUUUAGAAGAGACAAACCUCCAAGUUGCCAGCUUUUCCUAUUCUCUUAUCAGUGGAUUUGCCAGAUCUCGCUCUCCUGACAAUCACUAUUUGUCCAGAGCUUGUGAUCUAGCCAUUAAAAUCCUUGGAUCUAAACUUGGUCAUCUGAGUUACCGCUACAGUAAAGCUGGGCGCUGGGAUUGGUUUAACGAUGCCUUUCUGGUUGGAACAGCAAGCAAUAUCUACAUGUUACAUAAUACUGCCAACUCCUUCCCGACAGCUGUUAUGUUAAAUGGAAAUGUUUAUUUCCUCGGUAGAAUACUACAGCUUCUAGAGCUUGGCGUACGUGCAGAAGGAAUCAAAGAACUUUUCAGCCAGAUUCCACCUUUACUCAAUGGGGAAUCAGACAUCAAUAAGAUGAAAGCAAUGUUAAAGUUGCUGUCAGACUGGCAGUCAUUACCUAAAGAUAAGCCUCUUUUAUCUGUGUUUGCAAGAGCUUUUGGACAAGAGGUAUUAUUUGCCGAUAUAAACAGGGAUAUGAUUCAAAGUACUAUUCAGGCACUUACUGCUGGCAAAGGUCCCGUAUGGAAAAUAAUUGAAGAUAUUCAAAAAGGGAUAGCAUGGCAUUGGACAAAGGCGUACCUUAUAUUUGAAACUCGAUAUAUACAAGCAACAAGCCUUGGCUUACCCAGCGAAAUCAGGAUAUACUAUUCUACUGUAACUGGCAUUACAGUCAAUGCUAAAGCAACUCUCAGUCCACCACCAACAGAUAACCUGGGCCAACUUCUGAAUUCUGAUAUUGCAAUACAAACAGAAGGAAAUGCAGGUGUGGUGAAAUACAUUUCUGUUUUCCAUGGGAUUAACACUGUUAUGUUUCAGUCUGGAGCUGAGUUACAAAGCAAAAGCAUAGUGACAAUGCCCUGGAAUUUUGAAAUUAAUCUCAAUGUGAAGUCCAAAAAAAUCCAAAUUGAUACUUCCCCCUGUCAAAAUGACACAGACUUUUUUUCAUUGAACUUUGAUGUUUAUGCUGUCUCGAGAAACAUUGAUGACCCAUCUGGGGCCAUAAUGACUCCAAUGAUGGCUGGCCUCAAGGAAACCUAUGAGCAUAAUGCAGAAUCCAUCAAACAACAAACUGGGACCUCUGAACAAGAACAGAUGGGAAGAUUGUCAGACGUAUAUCAUGAGAGGAAGCAGAUGUGUGUGGAUGCUACUGUCUAUGGGACAGCAAUGUGCAUGGAGGCUGAGGCCAAGAGGACACAUUACACUGAAGAAUAUCCUCUUUAUUACUUCUUGGGAUUUACGCACUUUGCAGUGAAACUUCAAACGGUACCAACAAACAAGCCUAUUGACAAAAUACACAUUGAGUUCAAUGCUGGACCAUACAAGGCUGCCCAUGCAUUCCGUCAAAUGGUAGAACUCCACAUGCAUCCCAAGUUGUUAGAUGUGGUGCCUGACCCUGUGGCAACAUUAAUGGCGCUGGCGAUAAAAGGUAGUGCCAAGCCAGAUGGUUACGAAGCAGCUGCAUACUUCACCCAGGCCGCCCAGAAGUAUGACCUACAGCUGCUCAUCUCUCAAGUGGGUGAGGAAGCCAACUGGAAACUGUGCACAGACGCAAAUAUGGAUAAGGCACAUAGCAAAACAAAGAUUCACCUCAGAUGGGGGGCAGAGUGCCAGACGUACAACAUGGCUAUAAAGGCUGCAACAUCACACAUGCCUGGAUCACGUCCAACAUUGUAUACCAGCAUUCACUGGGAAAAUAUGCCAGUGCACAUGAAAGAGUUUGGAAAGAGAAUUCAAGAAUAUAUGCCUGGCAUGGCCUUUCUUCUUGGAUUUUACCAGAAACAUGUGAAAAAUCCUGAAAACCAAGUUUCUGCUUUAAUUGUUGCUGCAUCAUCCAAAAGCAUUGACUUGAAGAUAAGAAUUCCAGAGCUGACAGUCUAUCAACAAGCAAUCCCGCUUCCAUUUAAAGGAACAUUACUGAUUGACAAAUCAGAUGAUGGCAUUGUAAUCCAGGCACCAACCCUUGGACUUCAUAGCUUGUAUUUUGAUGGGAAGAAUAUAAAGGUAGUGAUUGAAUCAUGGAUGAGAGGGAAGACGUGUGGUCUGUGUGGAAUAGCAGAUGGAGAGACAAACAAUGAAUUCAGGAAGCCAAAUUUACAGAUAGCCAAGAGCCCCAAUCAUUUCCUCAACUCAUGGGUGCUGCAAGGAGAGGCCUGUUCUGACACCUGUAGUCUGAGGAGGCAGCAGGUGAAGCUGGAGAAGAUGGUUCAUGUGUUGGGUGCCCAGUCCGGCUGUCAGUCCAUGGAGCCCGUUCUCCACUGUAGAGAAGGCUGCUCUCCCACUCGCACUGCUGAGUAUGCAGUGGAGUUUCAGUGUACUCGGCUCAGGAAGCAGCCCCUUCUCCCCUCCUUCAGACCGUACCACGCUCCCUUUGCAUCCACGGACAUCAUACGAUUGUAUCUCUAUAUCAAUGUCCGCUGUGUGACAGCUACCGCCUCCACCACCGCCUCAUCCUCGGAGGAAGGGGUUAGUUCACACCUUUCCUCGGAUGAAGGCACCAGAGGAGGCUGA